ACAGUGCCUUCCCCGCUGCCCUGUCGUGCCCCUCUAGGACUGUCUAGACGCUUGUCAAGGUGUUGCGAAGGGUUUAUACAAAAAAAUAGUGAGAAUUUCCCUGACUUUUCCCUGAUUUCCCUGACGCGAAAUUGCAAAUUUCCCUGACAUUUGAGCGCAUUAAAACAUUGAUUGGGUUGAACUCGAACGGCCGGUGUCUCGCGCUCUCCUCCGCAGUUGUCCAGAAAACAGGUCCAGUGUCGCAGCAAAUAUAUUUUUCCCUGACAUUCUGCUGCAUUUUGCGAAAUUCCCUGACAUUUCCCUGAUUUCCCUGACCCUAUUUUUUUCCCUGACUUUUCCCUGAUUUCAAGGUUUUCAAGGUUUGUAUAAACCCUUGCGAACCUCCCACCAACUCCGGAGCGACAACGGCCGAGCCAGUGCGAGCCGGCUUCUACUGCUGCCUCUUCUGCUGAUAGAGGUUUGUCUUGUCAGUCUGACAGGUGGUCCGAACGUCCGGACCGGAGAUGGCGACCAAUUGGGGAAUCGCAAGUGCAGGACUCAUCUCCCAUGAUUUCGCCACAGCUGUUGCGACCCUUCCAGCAAAUGAGCACAGGCUUGUAGCUGUCGCUGCUCGAGACCCCGCGCGCGCUAAGGACUUUGCAGCACGUCAUAACAUUCCUCAUGUGCACUCCUCGUAUGAAGAACUUGCCAAGAAUGCGGAUGUUGAGGUGGUUUAUGUUGGAACCAUCAAUACUUACCAUUAUGAAGUGUCCAAACUGAUGCUGGAACAUGGGAAACAUGUACUUUGUGAAAAACCCCUAUGCAUGAACCAGCGUGACACAGCAGCACUAUUGAAGCUUGCCAAAGAGAAGAAGCUUUUCUUCAUGGAAGCUAUUUGGAGCCGCUUCUUCCCAUCUUAUGAGUUUGUGCGGAAAGAACUGUCUGCCAAAGCUAUUGGAGAUGUCGUACAACUUAAUGUCAACUUUGGUGUUUAUCUUGAAGCAGCACGUGUCAAACAGAUGGAUCUAGGUGGCGGUACAAUCCUGGAUUUGGGAGUUUAUGUCCUGCAGCUGGCUGUGAUGGUCUUUGGUCCAACAAUGCCGCUCUCUUUGAAAGCAGUCGGACACUUGAAUUCUGAAGGUGUUGAUGACAGUGCUGCCAUUGUGCUGACAUACCCUGGGUCAAAAACUGCAGUUUUGACUACAUCCUCCCUUGCUAACAUGAAUAAAGAUGCUACCAUUUAUGGAACCAAAGGCUCCAUUCAGAUCAAAGAUCCAUUCUGGUGUCCUACUAUUGUGGUGUCUGGAGACAAGUCUUCAGAAUUUGUUCUGCCUCCAACUGCUCAGCCAUGUAAUUUCACUAACAGUGCUGGGCUGCGUUAUGAAGCUGCUGAGGUCCGCCGCUGUAUUCAGGAGGGAUUGUAUGAGAGCCCUAAGUUGACUCAUGAAGAGACCAUGAUUAUAUCAAAGAUGGAGGACAUGGUCCGAGCUCAGAUUGGUGUGAAAUAUCCCAGUGACCCUCAAUAGAGCUUCAAUUUAUUUCUUCCAUAAGCUUUUUGUUUUGUUUUCGUUAUUGAUAACGGUGGUGUUGCUGAAUUUGAUUUACUGUUUUAUAUCCAAUGAAUGGAGUUUGUUGUAUUGUUCUGUUUUAAAUGAGAAUUAUAUUUUUGUAUGACAAUGCAAA